AUGCCUAGCCCUGCAACUACCAGCCCUUUUGGCUUUAUGGCUCAGUACCAAGCCCAGGGUCUUAUUACGGAUGAGGGCUUCAAAGCCUUCAGAGACGCGUACACGGGGCAUCUUCCAGACGUGAAAAUGUAUGUAGCAGAAGAAGACGGGAUGCAUGUCUUCUAUUACAACGCUGGUCUGGAAACAGGCGGGGCCGUGUUCCGCACUAAUCGCGCAGACGCCGUGGCCUCCAUUCUGCAUAUGGUGCAAGAUAAUGGAGGAGAGAUUGAGAAGGUUUCAAUCGACGUCAUCGGUGCCCGCGCUGGAUUGGAAGUCCAGACCUUGAAUGAUUAUUUUCCUGUCUAUGCGGGCGCUGAUGCGACUGCACACCUCGUCGACUUGAAGGGCGGCCCAUGCUAUGGGACCCUUGGUGUCGGAGUGGAUACAGAACUUGGGUACAAAGACCAGUCAGUUGGCUGUAAAGUCCUGGGCUGUGGGAUGCGAGUCGGGAGGGUCUGUGAGAUUUCCGCAUUCGGGUCGAAAAUUGGGAUUGAUUGGGGAAAGCUCUUUUGA